AUGGCGUCCCAGUAUCAGCUCCCCUUCCAGCUUGACGACCCCUCCCUCCUCCAUUACGACUCCUUCGUCAACAAUGCCUGGGUGCAGUCCAAGAGUGGAAAACGCUUCGAAGUCGUUGACCCCGGCACCGACAUCCCCUGGGCUAGCUGUCCGACCAACACCGCCGACGAUGUGCCCGCAGCGGUCGAAAGCGCCCACGCGGCGUUUGAGCAGUUCAAAAAGACCAACCCGCGGCAGCGCGCGCAGUGGCUGAUGAAAUGGGACGCUCUCAUCCGCGAAGCCCGCAGCGACCUGGCCAAAAUCCUCACCCACGAGACAGGCAAGCCGAUAGCCGAGGCCUGCGGCGAGAUCGACUACGCCCUCGGGUUCACCUGGUGGUUUGCCGGCGAGGCGGAGCGCAUCCACGGCAGCAUCGCGGUGCCGGCCGCGCCCAACCGGCGCGUCUUCACCGUCAAGCAGCCGAUCGGCGUGGCCGCCGCGCUGGUGCCGUGGAACUUUCCCGUGGCGAUGGUGCUGCGCAAGGCGGGCGCGGCCUUCGCGGCGGGCUGCACGAUGGUGGUUAAGCCGAGUCCAGAGACGCCGCUGACGACGCUGUCGCUGGCGCACCUGGCGCAGAAGGCGGGCUUCCCGGCGGGUGUGUUCAACGUGCUAACCACCGACCUGGAGUGCACGCCGGCACUCAGCGAGGCGCUGUGCAAGCACCCGCUUGUCAAGAAGGUCACCUUCACGGGGUCGACGCGUGUCGGCAAGCUGAUCGCUAGCCACUGCGCGCACGGCCUCAAAAAGCUCACCCUCGAAUUGGGCGGCAACUGCCCCUUCCUCGUGUUCGACGACGCCAACCUCGACCAGGCGCUCGACCAGCUCAUGGCGCUCAAGUGGCGCCACGCCGGCCAGGCCUGCAUCACCGCCAACCGCGUGUACGUGCAGGCCGGCGUGUACGACCGCUUCGCGCAGAUGCUCAAGGAGCGCACCCAGCAGCUCGUCGUCGGUCACGGUGCCCGCCCCGACACCACCAUGGGCCCCGUCACGACCCCGCGCAGCAUCGACAAGGCGAUGGCGCAGGUCGAGGAUGCGCGCCGCCUGGGCGCCGAGGUUAUCCUCGGCGGCGGGCGGGUCGCCGGCGAAAAGGGUUACUUCUUCCAGCCCACCAUCCUUACCGGCAUGACCAAGGACAUGCUGGUGUCGCGCGAGGAGACGUUUGCGCCCAUCGCGGCGCUGUACCGCUUCGAGACGGAAGAGGAGGCGGUGCGUCUGGCGAACGACACCAGCAUGGGCCUGGCGAGCUAUGCGUUCACGAAGAACAUCGACCGCAUGUGGCGCAUGCUGGAGAACCUGGAGGCAGGCAUGAUUGGCAUGAACACGGGCAAUUCAUCGGCGGCGGAGUCGCCAUUUGGAGGGAUCAAAGAGUCGGGGUAUGGCAAGGAGAGUGGGAAGGAGGUUGCGGUGAACGAGUAUUUGGUGACGAAGACGGGGACGAUGACGAUUGAGGGGCAGUAUUAG